GUUUGAACACUGACAUCUGUGUAAUGAAUGCCAUAUGCCGUACCAUUAUAGCAGUAGGGGUGUUUCAGUCGAGGAUAAAAGCAGGAGAUGAGGAUUCCCUGAUCUCUAUCUUGUCUUUCCCCCCUCUCUAGCGGUAGUGAGUCAGGCCAGAUAAUGAAGGCUGCUCUCUGAUGUAGAGUAGGAAGUUUUGUACUGCCGGUACUGUUCAGCCAGAGAGAGAGGGUACACACGGUAGAAGGUCCCCCUCCUUAGAAGUGACAAACCCAGGUGUGGCAUGGGAGGGGCGUGUCUGGUGAUUCACAGUCAAGGACAGAUCUCUGGCUAAACAUUGAGAAGUGGAAACUGUGUGGAUUGAUAGAGAGAAGCCGAACUGACAGUAUAGAGUAAUGGCAGUGGUGAAACAUUGUUAGAUAAGAAAGUUUAAUAUAUUAUUAUUUUUGUGUGUGGUUUUCCCUGCACUCUUGAGAUAGAGGAAUGUACUUUGUGUGAUUGUGAAGUUGGAACCAGACCCUAGCAGUUUGCAUCUACUUGCAAUGAAGUUCUGUCUGUGUUGAUAGUAAUCAGCUGAUCCGUAAACAGCUGACAGCAUCAGUGAACAUUAUAAAGUGACUACAGGGGACAUGGCAUGUUUGGUACAGAACUCUUCCUCUGUGGAAUUAUCACAUGGGCCAAAGAGAAUAAAAAAGAAUUGGGACACAAGUAGCAGUGGCAGUUGGUCCCCCCUUUAUGGGGGAGGGACUUCUUUAGACCAAGAGGCCAUCCAGUACAUACACAAGUUCUACUGCAAGGACUGCAGAAUGGAAGCAGAGAAGGCAGAAAAAGAAAAGGCAGCCCUAGGGGGUGAGGGGCCGGUCAAGGGGGAUCCAGAACAGAUGUCCCCCACCAGCCCCCAGUCCACCCUGGAGGAGAUGUCCCUACAACAGAGCAUGGACAAAAACAAAGAGUCACUGAAGAGGAAGCUAAUGAUGAGGCGAUCUGUGAAUGAACUGGUAGACCAAGGAAUUUAUCCUCCAUUGAGUACACCAGCUGCAUUUGCAGAACAGAGAAGACAUUUAGAGAGAGCAAAGACUGGGGACUUACUCCGCCACAAAAUCCAGCAUCGCCCAGACAGACAAGUUCUCGUGCAGCAGCACAUUCUAGAAGACACCAAAAUUGAUCCCUCCCUACAUGAGCGUCAACGUAAGCUGAAGAGGGCUCGUAUUGCUGAUGAUCUGAAUGACAAACUCUCUCACAGACCAGGCCCACUGGAGCUGGUAGAGGGUAACAUUCUACAGACAGACAAUGAAACCUUCAGGACAGCGCUUCAGGCUGGAUCAAUAAAAUUCAACAGGACAUUUGAUGAGGACUCGGAGUCCAAUCUGGGAUUUGAGGAUGAAAGCACAACAACCAGUGAUGGUGUCCCCUCCCCCUGUGAUUCCAGUAUGUCAGACAUCUGUAGUCCCCCCAUCAUCCCCCCAGCCCCAGAGCUACCCGCUUCCCUGAAAUUCCAACAGUUGGGAACCCUCCCCAGCACAUUCACUUCUGGGGUGACACUGACUAAUGUGACAGGAGUUACGGGAGCUAAUGCUUUGACUUCAUUUGCCAAAUUGUCGCCCAUUACAACUCAAUCAUUCAGUGUAACAAGUACUGCCCCUGUGAAUUCUAAUGGAGUGGCCAUUCUGAAUGGAUCAACUAAGUUGGGCAAUGGACACAGUUCUUCUAAUGCUAAUAAGAACAGACCUAAGAAACCAAAACCAAAAGCUCAACCAAAAACAAAAGUGAUUAAGUUUCAUGAGUACAAAGGACCUCCGAAUGUUGUGAAAACCCAGCCUGUUCCUGCUCAGUCUAGUAGCUCUCCCUCUGAGACCCCCUACCAUAUCAUGCUACAACAACAGCAGUUGUUUCUACAGUGGCAGUUAGAAUUUCAGUCCAAGAAUGCUACAUCAACAACUGGACGACCUGUCGCGGUGUCGACCCAGCAGACGGGCACGGAGCAGCCCACUACCAUACAGGUACAAACACCAGGUAGUAGUGUAGGGUUGGUACCUGUGCUGACCUCACCUGUUGUGACGUCUGCAACCAGUGCAGUGAACACACAGACUACCAUGCAGGGACAGCCCCAACUGGCCUCCCCUCCAAUACAGACAAUAGUUCAACAGGCAGUGAAGCCUGCACAAACCACAGUGCUUCACACACAGCCACAAGUUCAGGUUCAUACUCAGCUCCAGGGACAACCCAUGGUGCAGACUCAGCCCCAGAUUCCUCUUCAAGCUCAGCCAGGAAUUCAAGUGCAAUCCACUGGACCUUCAACUGUUCAGAUUAAGUCCCCUGUGGUGGCUAAGCCAACUCCUAUUGUGACUCAAUUACAAAGCUCCCUCCCUGUUCAGUCUUCACCAGCUCAAAGCAAACCUCUUGUUCAGACAAAGAAAGUCCUGCAGGGCCAGCCACCAGUGCAGCUGCAGUCCAUUAUUCCUGGAAAGCAGCAGCAGCAGAAAACUGCCCAGAGAGCAAGGCCUGUGCUACAGAACACCAAAAAUUCCCCUGGAAAUAUAAGUAAACCUCUUGUGAAUCUGGAGGACAUGAAAGUGGCUGAAUUGAAGGCUGAACUUAAAAAGCGAAAUUUGACUGUUUCUGGUGCUAAACCUCAGCUGAUUGAGAGGUUGAAACCAUAUUUAGAUGUCACAAUAUCACCAGGUACCUCUGUAAAUAAUGUGACAGACAUGAAGAGGUUACCAGUCCGUGGUGUUGUCAACGUCCAACCUUUAUCCAUGUCCACAUCGUCACCCGCAAUUCUUUCAACCUCAGAUGAGAUAGCCAUGUCAUCCACAUCACCUCCUAUAUCACCAACGAUCAAAGAUAAGAUCUUUAAUCCUUUGUCACCGGAGGUGAUGGACAUAGCUCCUCCCACUAGUGUCCUCACAGCUCAGAUGAAGAGCAGUCUUCACUCCGCUAGUACCGGCUCUAUACCUAUGGCAGUGGACAACUCCCGGCCUCCAUCUGUCAACCCAGACAUCGCCAUGGAUGUAGACAAUUCUCUAGAUUUUUCAAAUUUUAUUGAAUUAAGUCAAGCAAGUUCAUCAGCUCCAUCAGUCCCUCCUACAGUUACCCUUACAACAACAGUUGCAUCCAUUCAUUCAUCCCAACCAAUCAAUGUGACAAGUCCAACAGUUACAUUGGACAACACAACCCAAGCAUCACCACAACAUGUGCAGGAGGAAAUCCUGCAACAACAGAGAAUAAAAAUUGCUCAACUUCAACAGCAGCUGGAAGAAUCUCAGAAGAUCUUACAACAGCAGAUGCAGCAACAGCAACUGCAACAGCAGAUGCAGCAUAAUCCCCGCCAGACAACAACACCACCACAGGCAACACAGCAACCCACUUCCCCACGACAGAUACACCAGGUUGUACAGCAACCUGCAUCCCAAGCUCCUAGUAUACAAGUGAUACAGAAACCCACAUCACCACAAAUACAUCUUGUCAAACAGCCAACAUCGCCACCACAGUUACAGCAGACGUCUCCCAUAAUGCAUCAGCCGCUCUCACCACCACAGCUCCCUCAACAGGUUCAGAUCAUACAUGCACCCACUGGACAGCAACACACCCUGAAUGCCAUCAAGAUAGAGACGGACUGCAAAGCACCUCAGCAACCAAAUGCAAAGAUGGUACAGAUAGGUGCUCCUCAGACAAUUUCUUUGGUGGACAGCUCAGGUCUCCCCUUAACCAUACCUGUCGUAUCCCAGGGGAUGCAGUCUAUCCUAAUGCCUAACUUGGUGGACAAAUCAACCAAACACAACCUGGAGAAUUUUGUGGUGAGUCAUGGACUGAACAGGAGUUUGAACAUUGCCACAAAGCCAAGCACCAGCGGCUCAGCGGUACAUCCGGCAUUCACUGGGCGGACCAUCACUCUGUCCCCCAUCAACGGCAUCAGCUCAAGCAAAACAACAUCGCUGCCAUCUUCACCUGUGGAAGGAAAAAGUCAAAUCCUGCGGACGACCUCCAACCCCUUCUUUGUUCCAAUGAGGAAAGAGCCCCCUAAUUAUGAUGAUGCAGUCAAAAAUCUGGCUAAUAAGGGUCAGAAUUUAUCUCUGGUUGAUAACAAUGUUGCCCCGAAGACUUCUGUCAAAAGUCAGGCCAUGGAUGAUGUUCUAGAGAUCCUCAUAAGGAAUGGAGAACUGCCCCCUAGUGCUGCCCAGGAACCUCCUCCAACCCCAAAGACACAGGCUUCCUCCAUCCCCACGGCAACAUCAGAAAAAGAGGUGCCUAGUUCAAAGUUCAAGUUCUCCAUUUUCAAUGCUUCUACAGCUGUCACGACGACGACCGUCAGUGCUAAUUUGGCGUCUGACACAAGGGAUGUGUAUUCACUGCUGAAUGGACCAAUCACUGCCACUCCCUCAGUGGCUGUGAAGAGGGAGUGUGAUACUCCCCCCUCAUUUGUUUUAAAUGAACAAACAGACAGCAAAGACUUGGGUCUGGACAUUCAGGAAAUGCUGAACCAGGACCUAACCUCAAUGGACUGGGCUGACGACGCCCCCUUCUCACUGGACCUCACUGAUACCUCUACCAUGCAAACAGACCAAGACAAAAUGGGAACCUCAAAAGACAUCCUGAGUGUGCCAACAGACGAAAAUUCUAAAAACAAUUUGCAUGGCUCCGAGCCAGAUCUAGCCGCCUUGGGUAUAAAUGACACAGAGAGUGUGAAUAUGGACGUUUCUGAUUGGUUGGAUGUCAUCAUGCCCUCCACUGGUUUGACCCCUCUUAGUGCUAAUGCCCCUGUGCAGUUCCCCUCAGACCCGAUACUCACUCCUAAAACACAACAGGAGGUGCUAGACCUCUUCAGUUUUGAGGAGUGUGAGUUUGGAACACCAACAGACUUACAGACAGGGAUCAACUGGGAAAAGUUAACCAGCUCUUCGAAUUAGAGGUUUAUAGAAUAAACAAUGGAUGUUUUGAUUAAUUGCAAAAAAAAAAAAUGGGUUUGAACUUGGUUGUUAAGUUCUACGUGUAUAUGUUAAGGAUUCUGCAUAUUAUUUUGUAUGUAAUUGUUAUUGAUUUAAUUUAACAGUUAUAUGGUGUGAUUAAUAUAUAAAAUGCUCUUUCAAGCUUGGACCAAUUUUAAGGGAGACACACAUCAGAAUCUUCUGGAAAUCUUAUAAAGUAGUUUUACAGUAUAAAAUACAAGGUUCGACAAUGUUAAAGACCAACAGAAUUGUUAGAAAAAGGUGUGCAUGUACUUGAAUUUGAAUUUUGACUUUUUUUUUAGCUUAUUAUCUUUGGCAGUUUUGCCUUUUCAAGCUUUUUGCAGUGCUCUUUUUGAGAUUAAAGCCAUAUAUUGAUGUCUUUUUUCUGAUAUUGAAUUACUUGUAUUUUUUCUUGGAUUUUUUGAAUUCAAUCACUGGUUUGGACCUAUUUAUAUCUAGCUAUAGUAGGAGUGUGUCCCCUUCCUUCUUGUUCAAGUAGCACAGUGACUGCAAAUCAGCUGCUAUGUGUUUUGGGUCCACAUAUAUAUCGGAUUGUUUACAUAUUGCAUUGAAUCUAUUUAUAGCAGGGGGUGUGCAGUCACCAUGCUACUUGACUCUUUUUAUCAUGUAUCAUUUUACACAAAAGUCAUAGCUGUGUUCAAAUGCAUUCCAUCCAGCAAACCUUGACAGAAUUCUACAUACCCACCCAGCAUUGUGGAUUUACCAGUUCUGUUCACUUUUAUGGGGACCAUAUUAAGAACCAAAAUCUUCCUCAAAGUCUGCAAAUCUACCAGAUAUUGAAGUAGCUUGCAGACAUUCUGAUUUAUUCAUUUGAUAUAAUGAAUUUUAUAUCAUUUACAUAACACAUAAAAAAUGAGCAAUUUAACAUUGCUUAACUAGGGGGUCUUUUUCUCAGAUUAUAUAUAUUUUUUAAAGAAUCCCAGACAUUAUAAGUCUUAAAUGGGGGAAAGGGGGGCUGUAAUCUUUGUAAAAGUUUAAGUCGGUGUUAUGGGAGAGAAAUAAAAUAUUGUAAAUUAUUUCUGGUUCAGAGAACUUAUUUGAUACAUUCCCCACUCUGGUAGCCCCACUUUGCAUAUUUCCUUGUCAGAGAAAAAAACAUACCCUCUUUUCUACAUCCUAUUUAUUAUUUAUUUAUUUUUUGUGAAUUUCAGUAACAGAUGAUGAUAGGAUAAGCAGGAAUAGAUAGUAAAAAUGGGUGGAACUUGUUUUCAAACACAAAAGGGCAAUUUUUUGUAUGUUUUAAGAGGACACCUAUUCCUAACUAAUUUUAAAGUGCUGUUAUAUUUAUUUGACACUUGUGCUACAUUCAUCUCACCCUUUUCUUACACAAUCAUUGAAAUAUCACCCCUAUGCUUACUAACAGUGGUUUUCUAUGCUAGAAAUUUGAAUGUCGGUACACAUGAACUUGGAUUAAAACCAGCUGAUAAAGACACAUGCAAUAGAACUCGAUCAUCAUGUGUGCAGUUCUUUUUUUCUAUUAUUUCUUUUUUUGAUGUUUCACAUUUAACUUGUAAAUCAGAUAUUUUAUUUUAGUACAGGAAACAGAUCGUACUGGUACAUGUAUAUGAUGUUAGAUAUUAAAUCGUUGUCAAUCAGUUCAUGACUUCACAUUGUAACAAACCAGAUCAAUUUGUGCUGUGUAAAUGUAAACAAGCAGAAGAAAGAUACUGUAAAAAUUCCUAGUUUGUGAACUUAUUGUUGAUAAUUGAUGUAGAGUAGACAACAUGAACAUGUUUUAGGACAAAUUAUUUAGUGGAGGAUGAAAAGGUCUUCCAAAAAUUUUCAGAAUUUGUCAUUUGCCAGUUAAACCCACAACCAACGACUGAUUAAACAUCUAAGUGCCUUCCUUAAUGCUUGUUAAAACAAAUUACAGGUAUAUGAUUGUUAAACAGUUGAAUUUUUGAAAAGUGAAGUUUUAGUUCUACUAUGUAGAUUUCAUUAUACAUGUACCUUUGUGAUAAAGUCUAGACUUAUGCUUGCGACUGUCCCAGAAAGGGAUAAAUUUUAUAAUUCUAAUCAACAUGACUUUUAUUUCUUCAACACAUUUGUGUUAAACAAACUAAUAUCACAGAAUCCAACUGAUUUAAUUUCUUUAUUUAAACAUAAAACACAAAAUUCAUCAUCAAAUUUUGCAUUUUCUUAAAAUUCUUAAAAUUAAAAUUGUAUUUUAUAAAAAGUUAAUUCUGUGAAUAAUGGAUUACAUUUUAACUAGGAUUGUAAUUUAUCAGAUCGUGCAUGUAAUUAAAAGUAAAAUAACUGUUUUACUCUGUGUAGUUAUAUAAUGUAUGUAUAUGAUACUGUAUAGGAAUGAAAUUUUCAUUAGUACACAUACUUUAAGCAAGAUAAAAUUAAUUAAGUCAACGACUUCAUAACAUGUUAGACUUUUCUGUGAUUACACAUGACUUCUUGUACAUAGUAUGAAGCUACAGAGGUUUUACAUUAACAGACAUUAGCUCAUGCAUACAAAAGAAUUUUUGUUUAAUUAUGUGUGUUAAUUGCCGUGUGUAUGUGCACAUAGAGUAAUAUAUUUGCAUUGUUAGAUCACAUUUAUUGUUUGAGUUUUUGUGAUGAUGAUUGUUGUUAUUUAUUUUGUAUCUGUAAUUUUCAACUGACUUUUAAAACAUACAAGCUCUUAAUAUUGAUGUUUGGAUCUGCUGAGACAAAAUAACAGUACAUAAUCAUAAAAACUAGACAUUCUCUUACAUCAGUCAGAUUUAUCUAGAUUUCUUUUCUUGCUUUCUUUUUCCCCAAAACUGCAUCUGAUUAUAAGUAUUAAAAAAAAUAAGAAUUUCCAUUUAUUAGUGAUUCUCAUAUUUUGCUGAAACUAUAACUUCCUUGGAUAAACAAAAUUGAAUUCCCCAAUUAGUUUUUCUAUUAAACGAUUUUUUAUUGCAAAAAUUAGGAAUAUUAUUUAUGUUUCACUGAUAAAAAAAAAAGGAAAUUUUUAUAGUAGUCGAAUUAAGUAAAGGUCUGACAUCCACAAAUCAACAAAUUACAAAGUUCCACUCAAGGUCAUUUCUCAGAAGUCAAGGUCAUUCUGAGUAUCCAAGCUGUCCAUUGAUAGGGAUUAGCUUUUGAUAGGAUUUCUGCCUUUGACCAGAGGCUGUGGUGUAACAUUUACCUUUGUUAAUUCUGCAAGGUCUUAAGUUUUUGUAACUUAUUUCAUUCUGAAAUCUUUAUCCUGUUAAUUAAGUAAGCAAGCCUUUAGGAUCAUCUGUGCAUAAGACUGCUUCAGUUUAGCCCUUUACUGUAUGUUAGAUAAAGUCUGAUUUUAUUCUGUAGUAUUAUUGACAUUCCGACUGACAUAUAUUUUAUCUCUCUUUCUUUCUUGGUUUGCUAUGUUUUUGCUUCAUAGUCAAAGCUUGCAAAGUGAGAGAAUGAGCCCCCGUACUUAACCCCCAGGUUGUUGUUUAGUACAUAUCAUUUACAAGUGGUACUGCAGCUCUGUGUAUUUUGCAUGAUUAGUACCCAGGUAUUAUGCUUUUAGUGUAAAGAUUAAAUGCCUACACUAACAUCUUUUUCUAGUAGUGCUGUUUAGUAAUAUUUUUUUCUAGAAUUAGGUAGAUUUUAUACUAUUAUGGAAAGUAAUUGAAUUAGAUCACAUGCCCCACAUUGCUUAUGAUACCUUUUAUCAAUUAAAGGAUGAUCAAUGUACACAAUUGAAAGUUACAGUUAAUUUUUUGAAAGAUUAUUUUGAAAUUAAUGGUCAUUAUUAGUUAUUGUUUUAUAAGUAUUGAUAGAUAUUUGGCCAAAAAUUAAUGUUAAAAACAAGUGAUCCUAGUAUAAAUGGUUAAGCGUUAUUUGUUAUACAGCUUGUUAAUUAAGACUGCUCGUGUCCUAAUUGUUAGUCACACUGUGAUGUUGUGAACGCCCUCGGUGGUUAUUCUCUUUAAAGUCAUAUGUUUGUGCCAAAUAUGUUGUAGAUAUAAAUAGAUCUCACAUUCAUGUCACCAUGGAUGCUGUGGAUUUGACCUUUCUGUUGUGUAUAUAGUAACCGUGGUAACUGCAGCAUGCACCUGACAUCUAUAGCACUCUAUGCUUUGUCCCCAGUUGAGUUAUAUGUGGUGGCUAGUAUAUUUUUUUUGUACAUACCUUUGACUUUGAUAUCAUACACUGUACAUGCUGUCUUUAAGACCCAAAUAAACUCAGCUUGAUGUUA